AGCAAGCGUACGUUUCUGAAUCGCGAGCAUUAUAUUGAAUUAGCGAACUAAAUUUGAAACGCCCCGCUGGCAAGAAAGCCAGUAGCAUGAUAAUCGAAUGCACCAGAAACCUUAAUACAAUUGAAUGACACGUUAGAACGAUUCUUCGUCUUAUCGGUGAAAUCGGGAGAUGAGGUUGUCGCGAGGACAGGUGCGCGCUGGUAUCAUUAAGAACGUUCAGUCAUACUCUGCGAUAGUCUCCUAUCAACAACAAGCCGCUGAUCUACCGUCUUCGAGACUAUUUUCAAAUUGAUUACUGCGGUCUUUUUGAAAUAAGGUGUAAAUAAAAACCACGAAACAAAUUGUAUAGAAACGUGUCCGUGUUAUCGCUAGAAGUUGUGAUAUUUUGUGCGAGUUUCAUCGAUGGUAUCAAUCAGUUAACCGUUUGACGCAUUUCUUUUGUUGUGCGUUGUGAAAGAUAAGAGAAGAAAAAAAAUAAAGAAACCAUCUCGCAUCCUUGAAAAGAAACGAGAUGUCGAGAUGAUUCGUAUUAUCGGGAAAGAAAGAAAUGUGGAACCGUGGUGGAAGUUUAAUCAGAGACGCGAAACUACGCUCGAGUCUGUUAACGUAUUCACGGACGCGUUGCGAAUUCAAUUUUCCUUGAAAUGGCAAAAUCGAGGAGCCAUCCGCUAGGAGAAUCCACGACCGUCUUCGGACGGAGUGAAUCCUAAUAAAAACGUGCAGUGUAUGCGCGUUGUCUCGUUGACCCGGUCCGAAGUAAUUUCCUGUGGAAUUGGCGAAGUUACAUCGGGAUUCGUAUUCGCUCCCCUGUGGCCCAUUAACGGAUCUACGCGGAAUCGUCUGUUGGCUCGACGUGGGUCUAUCGAGUUGUCGGCUUACAGAAUGCUUUGUUUACCCGCGAUAAUUGCUUCCACCGAGUAUACAAACUCUUAAAAUAGAUUAUCGUCGGAUUUGAAGUGUCCUUACUGAACUGUAUCACGUGCAAACACUUGUUUCGCGCGAAUCCUUAAAUGCACGACCAUAGAUUGCUAUAAUUACCCCUUCGAAGGAAGGAUCUUUAUAUUUCGUUUUCAACGAGGACAGUCAUUAUGAACGACACGUCAAGCGACGAUACGAACGAUUUGCAUGAUUUCUGGAAGGACUGGGAUGUGAAGAAUCUAACGGAGGCUGAGUACCUCACCAAAGUAUUGGGGCCCAAGUAUCUGCCCAUGAGGAUGGUGAUACCCCUAACGAUCACGUACGUUGUGAUAUUUGUAACUGGUAUAUUUGGAAAUAUUGCCACGUGCACUGUAAUCGUCAGGAAUGCCUCGAUGCAGACGGCCACCAACUACUACUUGUUCAGUCUGGCCAUAUCCGAUCUUACUCUACUUAUACUCGGAUUACCCAACGAACUGAGCCUCUUUUGGCAGCAAUACCCAUGGGCUUUGGGGGUGAGUCUUUGCAAAAUCAGGGCAUACGUGUCGGAAAUGUCAUCUUACGUAUCGGUUCUUACGAUAGUGGCCUUCUCAAUGGAAAGAUAUUUAGCCAUUUGUCAUCCGCUACGAGUCUACAGGAUAAGUGGUCUCAAAAGACCGAUACGUUUCAUUUUGGCUGCAUGGUCGAUCGCAUUGGUCUCAGCUAUACCAUUUGCGAUCUACACGAAAGUGAAUUUGGUCGAGUACCCACCAGGUUCUGGAAAUUAUUCAGCUGAUUCGGCAAUAUGCGCGAUGCUUCUGCCAUACAUGCCUGAUUUUCCUCUUUACGAGUUGAGCACCAUCAUCUUCUUCUUGAUACCGAUGCUCGUUAUUCUUGUGGUGUACACGAGGAUGGGUCUGAAGAUCAGGAAUAGCACGAAAGCCACCCUGAGCUCGGUGGUGGAGGGUGGGAUCCAUGGAGACUCGAAACAGGCUCAGUCCAGGAAAUCUGUCAUCAGAAUGUUGAGUGCCGUAGUCAUUUUGUUCUUCGUAUGUUGGGCUCCGUUUCACGCUCAACGACUGCUGUACGUUUACGCGCAGGAGUCUGAUUACUAUCCCGACCUAAACGAGUGGUUGUACAUUCUCAGUGGAUGUCUCUACUACUUCAGUACGACUGUGAAUCCCAUUUUAUAUAAUUUAAUGAGCAUGAGGUACCGGCACGCGUUCAUACAAACGAUUUGCUGCAAAACGAACAGCACAAGGAGAAAAAGCUGGACGACCAAACAGUCUCAGAAAAGUCAUAGCAAUUCAAAUGGAAAAAUACGCAAUUCGAGCUUCAGGUGUUCCGUAAGGUACACUAUCAGCCAAGCGAAAGAAAUGUUUCGAUUCACUGCCAGUCGAGAAAACGUAGACAAAGAUGGGAAUAUGAACGAUAACGUCUCUCGUAAAUCUUACGUAUUAAAGAAGGAAGACCCGACGUCUAAACCACUUCUCGAUCGAAUACAUCCCACUGUACAGGAACAGAAAAGCAAUACAAGUUCCACGUGUAACACGAAAACUGGCAACUCCAUGUCUACGGCUAGCAGUUCUUUAUAAUUCACACAAAAGUUUAGCGUUUAGAGAUUACUGUAAAUAAUUGUGAGUUAAUCCAUUAUUGCACCCAUUAUUUAUUUCCUGACAGAACGCAUUGUAUAGUUGUAUCGUUUAAGUUAAUUUUUACUCGAUUACGAAGGCUAUUUAAUUAAAAAUUUUAGCGGUUUU